GCUUAAUGGAUCAUAUUAAAGAACAAAAUCCAGUCACGAGACAUAUAAAUAUAUAUUAUAUGUAAGAAAGGUAAAAGAAAAGACACGACCCCUCGUCAAAAGUCCAGAAAUCUCUCGUCCUUUUUUUCUAAAACUAAAGUAACAAUCUCUGUCAUCAAAUCACCAUUCUCGAAGAACCAUUACCAAUAACAACACACCGAAGCCACCCUCCCUAAUAGAAAUGCCGCUUGUCCCUACACCACCACCUCUCACUUCCGACGGCCCUCUUUUUGCGGAGGUUGACAUGGGAGCAGACGCAUCUGCACCUACUGUCCGAGCCACCGUAGUCCAGGCAUCUACUGUCUUCUACGACACUCCUGCCACUCUUGCUAAGGCUGAGAGAUUGUUGGCAGAAGCAGCUGGAUAUGGAUCCCAGCUGGUUGUGUUCCCAGAAGCAUUUAUUGGCGGUUAUCCUCGUGGUUCCACUUUUGGUGCGGCCAUUGGGAGUAGAACAGCAAAAGGUAGAGAGGAAUUCCGCAAGUAUCAUGCUGCAGCCAUUGAUGUUCCUGGUCCUGAAGUUGAUCAAUUGGCAGCAAUGGCUGGAAAGUAUAAGGUUUACUUAGUGAUGGGUGUGAUAGAGAGGGAAGGAUAUACUCUCUAUUGUACUAUAUUGUUUUUUGAUUCUCAAGGUCAUUACCUCGGGAAGCACCGAAAAGUCAUGCCAACUGCAGUGGAACGCAUUGUUUGGGGAUUUGGUGAUGGAUCAACAAUUCCAGUUAUUGAUACCCCAAUUGGAAAAAUCGGCGGUGCAGUUUGUUGGGAAAAUAGAAUGCCACUUCUAAGGACAGCAAUGUAUGCUAAAGGUGUUGAAAUAUAUUGUGCACCUACUGCUGAUGCCAGGGAUACAUGGCAAGCAACAAUAAAACACAUUGCUCUUGAGGGUGGAUGUUUUGUGUUAUCAGCCAACCAAUUUUGCCGGAGGAAAGAUUACCCACCUCCUCCAGAAUAUAUGUUCUCUGGAAUAGAAGAAGAGCUAACGCCAGAUUCUGUUGUCUGUGCUGGAGGCAGUGUCAUUAUAUCUCCCUUGGGAAAUGUUUUAGCAGGACCCAAUUAUGAUGGAGAGGCACUGAUCUCAGCAGACCUAGAUCUUGGAGAAAUAGCAAGGGCAAAGUUUGACUUUGAUGUGGUUGGGCAUUAUUCAAGGUCUGAAGUUCUCAGCUUGACUGUGAGGGACCAUCCAACAAAAGCAGUUACCUUCAGCUCAGCAGAUGCAAAAACUGAAGGCUCUCACAAAUAGCUGGGUGGUGACCAGGCAACGAUCUGCUCUGGUAAUUGGAUGAGCAACACCGAAUUCAUUAGAGAACAGAGAUGUGGGCGUUGUUGUAUCUUCCUCUGUUGGCAAACCCUUCUCUUACAUGAAAAAUAUCUCGUGGCUACUGAAUGUAAUUCAUAAUAACAGCUUAGAUCAAAAUUCAUGUAAGAAUGCACCUGAUCUGUAAACAUUACUUGUGCUUGAAUCCUCACUAGCAGAGGCUAGUAUUAUGCCCUGGACUAUGAUUAUAACAUCAGUUACAUCCUUCAUUUUUACGAGGAA